AUGGGUGUCAAACAGUUAUGGACCCUCUUGUCGCCAGCAGGGCGCCCCGUCCCCUUAGAGACCCUCGAGGGAAAGGUACUGGCUAUCGAUUCGAGCAUUUGGCUUUAUCAAUUUCAGGCCACCAUGCGGGACAAGGAAGGCCGUGCUCUUGUAAAUGCACACAUACUUGGUUUUCUUCGCCGAACGUCCAAAUUGCUGUUCCAUGGCAUUAAACCCGUUUUUGUCUUUGAUGGAGGCGCACCUGUGUUAAAACGGAGCACAAUUGCAGAAAGAAAGAAACGAAAGAGUGGCGCGGCUGCGAAUCAUGCAAAAGUGGCUGAAAGAUUGCUUGCUGCACAACUCCGACGGGAAGCACUUCGUCAUACUGAAGAGAGGGAAAGGAAAGAUGCCGAAAAUGCUCCCGAUAACAAGCAUCGAUCUCUUGUUGACGAUGACACCAAUUACUUGGAGGACCUUUCGGGCCCCACGCUCGUGCUACCUGGGAAGCUCAAUGCUCCAGCUGCAAAACCUGCAUCAAAGUCAUUCAGCCCCUCCAAAACAAAACAAUCGUCCAAACCAGCAGGCAAGACCUUCCGCGAACACGAUCCUUACCAGCUCCCAGAACUCGACGCAUCCAUUGACUCGCGCACCCUUCCCAAUGAUCCGAGACUUGCAACCGAUGAAGAACUCCGGGCUUAUAUAUCCCGCCUCAGACCAGAUGAUCCUGAGUUCCACGAGCUCCCUGCAGAUGCCCAGUAUGAAAUUCUGGGCGAACUCCGGUUGAAAUCUCGGACUACGUCCCACAAGCGUUUGCAGAAGAUGCUCAGGCAAAGCAAGACCCCGAUGGAUUUUAGUAUGGCGCAAAUAAAGAACUUGGGACAGCGCAACCGGCUCACUCAAGAGGUAUUAUCAACGCUGAACCUAGUAGGAACAGGUGCUGGAGGAGUCGUAGUCCCCGUGAAGAUCGCCAGCGAGAAAAAUCGCGAGUACGUGUUGGUGAGGAACGAAGGGGGCGAUAGGGGAUUUACCUUGGGAAUACGGCAAGAAGGCAAUACUGCUGAAAAGCCUAUCGUGGUAGAAGAAGAGGAAGGUGAUGAUUCAUUUGACAGCAAGAUUGGAGAUAUUUGGGAGGACGUGAUAGUCCCGGGGAGGCAAAUUGGAGUUGCGCCCGACCAGGAUUGGCGGGACUUUAAGCGACAGAACGCUUUGGAUGGCCUUUCCAAGCGUGAUACGAGAAAACACCUUGCUCCACUCACCACAAAAACCAAGUUAACGGGGGCACCUCGACUUGACAAGGGCAAAGGAAAAGAGGUUGAUCUAUCGCCCGAAUCAGAAGGCUCUCAUUCGUCUGCAGAAGAAGACAUGGACUUUCAGUUGGCUGUACAAGCCUCUCUUGCUGGGGGCCAAUUUCAAGAGGACGAAGAGGACGAUUUGAGUCGUGCUUUGGCCCUUUCACUUUCUGAACACAACAAAGACUCUUCCGGAGCAACAUCAAUAUCCGCUAAUCAUGAAGGUUCAGGCGCAGAGGUCGUGUCGUCCGUGACAACCAGUAUUGUGCCGGAUUCUGAGCUAUUUGGUGCUCCAACCGGGCUGUUGGGCUUAUCGACAUCGGUUGCUCCACAAGCUUUGGAGCAUGAAGAAGACGAUGAAGAAGAUCUAGACAUGGAGGAGGUUGUUAUCAUGGCCCCUGUUGUAAACGAACAAGGGCAGGUCAAUUCCACAUGGGAAGGCACUGAGAGCUUGGGCGCCAUGGAUGCUUGCCUAUCGACCUCGGAACCUAUCCCGUCCCAGUCAAGCAUACAAGAACCCCAUCGAAAGGUCCCCAGUGAUCCCAAAUUCGAAUCACCCCAACUGGAGCCUACUUCUCAGCGCGCAUACGAAACGAGACGCGAGCUCGAGCAGGCAUUGGUGUCUUCUGGAGACGAAGAUGACCUUGACGAAGUGCCUCUUCCAUCGAGGUUAAUGACAUUACUGGCUCCUUACCAAACACCGAGUGGAUCAGGGACAACGGGAUCACCAACGAAGAGAUUAGAGGAGGGCGCGAAGUCGGGUUUUGGGUCCAAGUUGAGCAAUACCGAAGACGAGAAUCCAACAAAGAAACCUCAAGUUGCUGAAAGUGGCGGUGUUAAACGAGUCACCUGGGACGAUUCCCCAAAGAAUUACUUGAGAUCUGCUGCUACUCAGCAUACUCUGGAGCGCAACAUGGACGAUUCUAGUGAUACUCUGACUACCCAAAAGGCGCUCGAUAUUGUCCCGGAUCUCCCAAAGAGGACACGGGUGAAGCUGUUCUUCAGGAUGUCACGGAGAAACUCCAGGAUAUACCUUCCGAAUCACAAAUCGGGACUGAAACCAUCGCUAAUGGUCCCAGCAUACCGUCUUGGUUCAGCGCUAGCGCUCGAAUCAAACUCUGGUGGUUUGCCACAGAAGAAUGAAUCUAAUGUCGGAAACGAGUCCUGGGAAAACAUUCCAACACAGAUAUCUGAUGAUGAGGAGGAAAUAAUUCCUUGGUCUCGUUCUCCAACUCCGACCGGCGCUCGCUCGCCGGUUGCUGUUCCUGUUCACUCCGGAACCGAUUUUGACUCUGCUCACUCACGCAAUACAAGAUUCCAGGAUGAAGAGGAAGAACACGCCGCAUUCAUGUCUCAGCUUCAAGGGAAGUCCUACGCGACGAUGCGAGAGUCUCUCGACGCUGAGAUUGCCGCCCUGAGGAAAGAACGAGCGGCCGCCCUCCGAGACGCCGAAGACGUUACCACUCAAAUGAGCGCCCAGAUUCAAUACUUCUACCAUGGGUUGGUCGAAGGGGUUAUUACCGACGACUCGGACGUUUUCCUGUUUGGUGCUGGGCGGGUGUAUCGGAAUAUGUUCAACCAAAGCAAGACGGUCGAAUGCUUCCUCGCAGCAGACCUGGACCGAGAGCUAGGCUUGGACCGAGAAACCUUAAUCUCGUUGGCUUAUCUCCUUGGAAGCGAUUACACUGAGGGACUCCCUGGAGUAGGACCUGUGGUGGCGAUGGAGAUUAUGAAAGAGUUCCCUGGAGAAAAUGGACUUCGCGAAUUCUGCAAGUGGUGGAGGAAAGUACAAGUUGGCAAAGAUGUAGAAGCCGACUUGGGUACUACUUUUAGAAAGCGCUUUAAAAAGAAGUUCACUACCCUUCACCUGAAUGAGGAGUGGCCAAACCCUAAAGUGCGCGAAGCUUACCUUGAACCAACAGUUGACGAGUCUGAGGAACGAUUCCAAUGGGGACUUCCAGACCUAGACGUUAUCUUGGCCUACGAAAAGGUUGAUGAGACCAUUAUUCCUAUCAUCAGACGUAUGACUCAACGCUCUAGUUCGACGACCGCCAAUCGGCAAGGCACUCUUACUUCAUUCAUCGAAGGACAUGCCUUCACGUCGAACAACGUCACGCGCGCCCCUCGAAAGACUCAAGCAUAUGCGUCAAAGCGUCUGCAGCAAGUCGUUGCCGAAUACCGCUCUCGUAAAUCUGGCGAGCGUAGCCCGGACGAGAAUGGCCAUACGGAUGCAGAUGCGGGUUUCGGAAAGGACAAAAGAGAGGUGCAAGGCGAAGGAGAGGUAAAGCCACGGGCGAGUAGGAAAAAGAAACCUCAAGGAGUAGGCAAUGCAGAUGCCAAUCGAGAGCCCGAAGGCUCCUCCGCAAGUUUAAAAGUAGCAAAGCGUAAACGUCUAGGGACUGGUGCACCCGUGGUAGCAAAAGAGGAAGAGGCACAGCCAGAGGUCGUGGGAGAGGUCGAGGCAGGAGAUGACGAAGAGGAGCUGGAUUCCAACUUUGGGAGUGACAAUUCAGAUGGCAACGUAGAACCAGAGGCGGCCAGUCCUAAGAAACUCAGACUACGACCCCGGAUGAAGAAACCAAGUCCAGUCCCUCGGUCUCCAGCUCAGAGCGAUAGUGAAGGUGGUAGUAACGAUGAAUACAUGGAAUCCUAA